GAAAAGAAGGGGUGGGAGGGUAGGAUGGGAAGCAGGGCCGCUGUCGCUGAGAUAAUUGGCAUAUAUGUCAUGUGACUGAAGUUUAAAAAAAUGGAUGACUAAGGGUAUCUAAAUGGUGGGGUUCAUAGCUCGCCUAAGCUCCAGUAAAUUGGAGUAAUGGAUUGGCCUAAGGAAAAGAUACUUAGGUACAUACAAUGGUAAGUUCGCCCGGGCGGCUUCCAAGCUUUCGGCAGCAAUUCCUCAAAUCAGACAAAUCAGACCACUAGGAAAUCCCUCUUUUCUAAACAUUCAAUAAUUCAAAAAAACGUCACCGACAACAAACUUACCCUCAUACCUCUACAACCCCCAAUUGCCGACACCAUGUUCCUACAACGAUCCGCCGUGGCCAUCGUUCGCCGGGCCGCUAUUUCUCCUGCUGUUAAGAGGAGUUUUACCGUCUCUGCUAUCCGCCGAGAUGCGAAGAACGUCGAGCCUCAAUCCACUGUCGGUCAGAAGAUGAAGACUUUCAACGAUAUUAAGGGCGAGGAGGACCUACUCGGACCUGGUGCCGCACCCGGUACCGUCCCUACCGAUCUCGAACAAUCCACCGGUCUCGAGCGAUUGGAAAUUCUCGGAAAGAUGGAGGGUGUAGAUAUCUUCGAUAUGCGACCUCUAGAUGCCUCGAGGAAAGGAACUCUCGACAACCCCAUACCGGUCAGAUCUGCUGGUGACGAACAAUACGCUGGUUGCACUGGCUACCCUGCUGACUCUCACGUUGUCACUUGGCUCGGUCUUUCUCGCGAGCGACCGAUAGAGCGAUGCCCCGAGUGCGGUAGCGUCUACAAGAUGGAGUACGUCGGACCUCUAGACGAUGGCCAUGGUCACGGCCACGACCACCACCACGGCUACGAAGAGCCCAAGACAUUCGCCAACUUUGUCAAGCCGGAAUACUGGUGAUCGAACAUCCUGAGGACGUAAAAGUUUGGUUGGAGUUCGAGGCUGCAUAGGUCAUCGGUGGAGAGGUUGGGGGCCGUAGACUUGUAUAUUGGUGAAGGCUGUAUAGAAUUAAGUUAAAAUCUGCAGCACCCAUCCAUAUUGAUUCGCUUUGCUUGUCUUCAGCUUGUUUUUUCUCGUUCAUCCCUUGCAUGAUAUGGCUGACUAU